ACGACACUACAGCUGUGGCUCUCCGGUGCCCCGCCGUUUACCGGGCUACCGACCCCAAAUCUCCGACGAUACACCUGUGGGAAGUAGGCUACGAGCCAUACGUGACCUUAGUGGAUUGUGUCGCGGGGCAGGUUAUGAGGCCCCUCAUCUCAUGCCGUACCCAGCUCCAGGUUGCCACGGCAACGACCCAGCAUCCUUCUCAGGGUCGUCAUAGAAGCUUUCGGACAAAUGACAGCACAGUUCAAAGCCGCAUGAUUCCAGAUUCCCCUUUUUGUGCAGUCAGAAAUAGCAAGUUCAGAGAAGGAGCGAAGCAACUGGACUGAACUUCUUCACUGUGAUCGCGUCUUUGGCCCGAACAGGAGCAAAGACACGCCCUCUAAUUUACUCCGAUAUGGUCAGCCUGUAUCUCUUCACAGUGUUGCUAUGGCGACUGGCGUCCCUGGCGACGGUGGCCCAGUCCAACGAGCGGCGCGUCGUGGCCCACAUUCCCGGUGACAUCAUCAUCGGCGCCCUCUUUUCCGUCCACCACCAGCCGCCGGCCGACAAAGUGCACGAGCGCAAAUGCGGGGCAGUUCGAGAGCAGUACGGCAUCCAGCGCGUGGAGGCCAUGAUGCACACGCUGGACCGAAUCAACGCCGACCCCAAAAUCCUCUCCAACAUCACGCUGGGCUGCGAGAUCCGAGACUCCUGCUGGCAUUCCUCCGUCGCUCUGGAGCAAAGCAUCGAGUUCAUACGGGACUCGCUGGUCGCCGCCGACGAAAGCGAGGAGGCUGGGGGCGGGACCAGGUGCGCGGAUCCGGGAGCCACGGCCAUGAAGGGCAAGAAGCCAAUCGUAGGGCUGAUCGGUCCGGGUUCGAGUUCCGUGGCCAUUCAAGUGCAGAAUUUACUGCAGCUGUUUAAUAUCCCGCAGAUCGCAUACUCCGCCACCAGUAUGGACCUCAGCGACAAAUCACUCUUCAAAUACUUCAUGAGGGUCGUGCCGUCGGAUGCCCAGCAGGCCAGAGCCAUGGUGGACAUAGUGAAGAGAUACAACUGGACCUACGUAUCUGCAAUCCACACUGAGGGGAACUAUGGUGAGAGUGGGAUGGAGGCGUUUAAAGAGAUGGCGGGAAAGGAAGGGAUUUGUAUCGCUCACUCUGAUAAAAUCUGGAGUAACGCCGGCGAGCAGAACUUCGACCGUCUGCUGGCCAAACUGCGCAAGUAUCUGGCCGGCGAGCAGAACUUCGACCGUCUGCUGGCCAAACUGCGCAAGUAUCUGCCCAAAGCUCGCGUGGUGGCGUGUUUCUGCGAGGGCAUGACCGUACGAAACAUCCUGAUGGCCAUGAGACGACAAAACCUCGUCGGAGAGUUCCUGUUGGUCGGCAGUGAUGGCUGGGCGGACCGUUACGACGUCACUGACGGGUACGUGCGCGAGGCUGCCGGCGGCAUCACCAUAAAGCUGCAGUCCCCAGACGUGAAGUGGUUUGACGAUUAUUACCUGAAACUACGUCCCGAAAACAACCUGAGAAACCCCUGGUUCCCCGAGUUCUGGCAGCACCGCUUCCACUGCCGGCUGAAGGGACACCCGCAGGAGAACAACAAAUACAACCGCACCUGCGGGAAGCGGGAUUCUCUGCGGCAGCAGUACGCGCAGGACACCAAAAUGGGCUUCGUGAUUAAUGCCAUCUACAGCAUGGCCUACGGCCUCCACAACAUGCAGAAAGCUCUGUGUCCCGGUAUGGUAGGACUGUGUGAUGCCAUGCGGCCCAUCGACGGUGCAAAGCUCCUCGAGUUCCUCAUGAAGACCAACUUCUCUGGAGUGUCCGGGGAAAACAUUUAUUUUGACGAGAACGGCGAUUCUCCUGGGAGUUACGUGAUCAUGAACUUUAAGAAGAUGGGGAAAGAUUAUUUCGACUACACGAACGUGGGCAGCUGGGACAACAGCGGACUGCAGAUCGAUGACGACGAGAUCUGGCCCAACAAAGAUGACAUUAUUAAAUCAGUGUGCAGUGAACCCUGCGAUAAAGGUCAAAUCAAGGUGAUCCGUAAAGGAGAGGUCAGCUGCUGUUGGACAUGCACUCCCUGUAAGGAGAACGAGUUUGUUUUUGACGAGUACACGUGCCGCGCAUGUGAGCUUGGAUCAUGGCCCACCAACGACCUCACCGGAUGUGACCCCAUCCCAGUGGAGUAUUUGAGGUGGGGUGACCCUGAGCCCAUCGCAGCCGUGGUCUUCUCCUGCUUGGGCCUGAUGGCCACGUUCUUCGUCACCUCCAUCUUCAUCAUCUACCGCGACACUCCGGUGGUGAAGUCAUCCAGUCGCGAGCUGUGCUACAUCAUUUUGGCGGGCAUCUGUCUGGGCUACCUGUGCACCUUCUGUCUUAUCGCCAAACCUCGUGUCAUCUACUGCUACCUGCAGCGGCUGGGCAUUGGCUUAUCGCCCGCCAUGAGCUACUCGGCCCUCGUCACCAAGACCAAUCGCAUCGCUCGAAUCCUGGCCGGCAGCAAAAAGAAGAUCUGCACCAAGAAGCCUCGUUUCAUGAGCGCCUGCGCCCAGCUGGUGAUCGCCUUCCUACUGAUCCUCCUGCAGCUGGGCAUCAUCGUGGCACUCUUCAUGAUGGAGCCUCCUGACGUCAUCCACGACUAUCCCUCCAUCCGCGAGGUCAACCUCAUCUGCUACACCACCAACUUAGGUGUGGUGGCGCCGCUGGGCUACAAUGGCCUCCUCAUCAUGAGCUGCACCUUCUACGCCUUCAAGACGCGCAGCGUUCCCGCCAAUUUUAACGAAGCAAAGUACAUCGCCUUCACCAUGUACACCACCUGCAUCAUCUGGCUGGCCUUCGUGCCCAUUUACUUCGGCUCGAACUAUAAGACCAUCACCAUGUGCUUCUCCGUCAGCCUGAGUGCCACUGUGGCUCUGGGCUGCAUGUUCGUGCCGAAGGUUUACAUUAUCCUGGCUAAACCGGAGAGGAAUGUCCGCAGCGCGUUCACUACGUCGACGGUGGUGCGCAUGCAUGUGGGAGAUGGAAAAUCCUCAUCCGCGGCCAGCCGGUCGAGCAGUCUUGUCAAUCUAUGGAAGAGACGAGGAUCGUCGGGAGAGACACUCAGCUCUAAUGGGAAGUCGGUGACGUGGGCCCAGAAUGAGUGCAGUUCCAAAGGUGGCCACCUGUGGCAGCGUCUCUCCUUCCACAUUAAGAAGCGCGAAAGCAACCAGACGGCCGUGAUCAAACCUUUCUCCAAAACGUCUGAGGGUCGCUACUGCGGAAGCAGUGAUAUCAACACCGACAACAGUAACAACAAGAUGCUCUACGAGGUCACCGAAGUGGAGGAGCGCUACCCCAUCACCUACCGGCCCCAAACACCCUCACCGAUUAGCACCGUGACCCAGAGAGCGAGCAUCGCUUUAUCACAGAGCGCCGGCGCCACCAACUCCCAGGUCAUGAGCGUCUCCACGUACAUGUGUCAGCCUCCACACCGCGGCAACAGCGGUGGAAGUGAGUCGCAGGGCUCUUUGAUGGAGCAGAUUAGCUGCGUGGUGAACCGCUUCACCGCUAACAUCAGCGAGCUCAACAGCAUGAUGCUCUCCAGUUCUCCUCCAGGGAGCCCUGUGGGUUUGUCCACCAGCGCGUCCGUACACGCUCAAUCUGUGGAGCCCUGCUGCCCUCCGCCCUACCGCCUGUCCCGAGAGAUUUCCAUGCCGACCACCAUGACGACCUACGCUGAGAUCCAACCCCUCCCACCAGUGGAGUCUAAUGUGGGUCGCCCCACCCCUCCCUGCCCACUUUCUGUUUCAUCGCGACUCAAAACGUCACCCACGACAAGUGGGAAGGAGCUAAAGGGGGGUGUGUCCUCAGCUCUGGAGUCGCCAUACGAAUGCCUGGUGCUCCGACACUACAGCCAGAGUUCGUCUUCAUUAUGAGGACAACAGAUGGAAGAAUGAUGUAAUUCACACCGGCGGAGACGGACACUGCUUGAGUGUGUGUGUUUACAUGUUCUC